AUGGCUUCCAUAACCUAUCUCGAUCCUCAUUAUCGCACCAUGUACUAUCACUAUCAACCCAGUGGGACAUUAUCCCACAUCACCCCAGGAGCCUAUUGCCAUAACAACACUACCACAGCCGUAACUACCAUCACCACCGCCGACGCUCAAUUCUACCAUCGCUACAUCGGUGUCUACAGUCCUUCCCCUCCUCCUCCGCCACUUCCGCCACCACCACCACCACAAUCACAGACAGUCUUUCAAAACGUCUGCCAGUGGACGGAGGAGGAAGGUUGCGUUCGGAAGAUUUGCGGUCUGCGAUUUCACACCAUUGGCGAGAUGGUGAACCACUUGACUAUGGAUCACGUGGGGGGACCGGAAAAAAUGGACCACACCUGCUAUUGGCACAACUGUUCACGUCAGGGUCGGGCUUUCAAAGCCAAGUACAAAUUGGUUAAUCAUAUUCGUGUGCAUACGGGUGAAAAACCCUUCGGCUGUCCCUUCCCAGGAUGUUACAAGGUGUUCGCCAGAGCAGAAAACUUGAAGAUUCAUAAGAGAACUCACACUGGUAAGUGA